UGGAAAAUCAAAGGUGGAUUGGACAGCUAAAAAUGAAUCAUAAAAUGAUCAUUAAUUUAAACUUAAACAUAAUUACUUUGUUUAAUCAGUAGAAUCCUCCCUCCUUUAUAUACCCUUCUUCUCCCACUCAACUCUCUUCAUCUCUUCAGCUUUUGCUUUAGACCCACAAAUUCCAAGCCAAAACAAGCAAAAUAUGGUUAAGGAUGUAGAGACGGCAGCGGGAAGAGACUACCAUGACCCACCACCGGCGCCAUUGAUAAAUGCUGAAGAGCUCACCCAAUGGUCAUUUUAUAGGGCUUUGAUUGCUGAGUUCAUUGCUACCCUUCUCUUCUUGUAUGUCACAGUAUUGACUGUGAUUGGCUACAAGGUCCAAACCGACCCUUUAAAGAACACCGUCGAUCCUGAUUGUGGUGGUGUUGGCAUCCUUGGUAUUGCUUGGGCUUUUGGUGGCAUGAUCUUUAUUCUUGUUUACUGCACCGCCGGUAUCUCCGGAGGACAUAUCAACCCGGCUGUGACCUUUGGGUUGUUCUUAGGACGAAAGGUGUCACUGGUUCGAGCCGUGAUGUACAUGGUGGCUCAGUGCUUGGGUGCCAUUUGUGGUUGUGGGUUAGUCAAGUGGUUCCAAAAGAGUUACUACAAUACCUAUGGUGGUGGAGCCAAUGAGCUACAAGAUGGUUUCAAUAAGGGAACUGGUUUGGGUGCUGAGAUCAUUGGGACUUUUGUUCUUGUUUACACUGUCUUCUCUGCAACUGAUCCCAAGAGGAAUGCAAGGGAUUCUCACGUUCCUGUACUGGCACCACUUCCCAUUGGGUUUGCUGUGUUCAUGGUUCACCUAGCCACAAUUCCAAUCACUGGCACUGGGAUCAACCCUGCUAGGAGCUUUGGUGCUGCUGUUAUUUACAACAAAGACAAGGCCUGGGAUGACCAAUGGAUGUUCUGGGUUGGGCCUUUCAUUGGAGCUGCCAUUGCUGCAAACUACCACCAAUACAUCCUAAGAGCAGGAGCAAUGAAGGCACUUGGAUCUUUCAGGAGCAAUGCUUAAUUAAAAUCGAUCGGCUUUUAUUUUUCACAUAAAAUUCAAGGAGUCAUCAUGAAUUAGAGAUGAAGAAAAAGAUGAGUUCCCUUUUGCAUUUUGUUUCUGCAAUGUGUUUGGAGGAGAAAAAUGCUUGAGAAGAGCCAUUGAACUGUAAAUAUAAUAUAUUUUAACUUGUGUUUUCUUUCUUAA